UUUUCUGUCUCCCUUUCUCUCUUCCACAUCUCGUCUGCAAUGUCCACUUCAAGAAGAAAACUCCUCCUCAACACAGUUUCAGUUAGCCUCGGCUGCAGCAGCUGCAAGAAACCAAAACUCUCCUUUCUUUUCCACCCUAAACCCAAAUCCAAGCACCAUUCCCAUUCCCUUUACUCAAACCACUCCCUCUAUUUCUCCUCUUCAACCACCUCUUCCUGCAAAACAAACGCAACCGAGUACGACACAGCCAGCGCCACUACAUUCUCCCCCAAAACUUGGAAAACCGACGAAACCGACAUCCGCAAGCACAAGAAGACCGGUUCCAGAACUGUACGAGGAUUCGGUCGUGUCGGAGGCCAAAGCCUGGCGGUAGAGAAAGAAUCCGAUGACCCUUAUUUGGAUUUCCGGCACUCGAUGUUGCAGAUGAUUCUGGAGAAGGAGAUAUAUUCGAAGGAUGAUCUUAAAGAGCUGUUGAACUGUUUUUUGCAGUUGAAUUCUCCGUAUCACCAUGAGAUUAUCGUUAGGGCGUUUACUGAGAUCUGGAAUGGAGUUUUUUCUGUGAAGAAUAAUAAUGUUAGUAACAAUGGUUCAUCGAAGCUGCAGUUUGGAUGCAAGUCACGUGAGUUUUAGGGGUGUGCACGUGUCUUCAUAUCUGAGUCUAACUAAUAAAAAUCUUGUAACUUUUGUUAUGGAGUCUCCAAAGUGGGGGCCUUUUCAUGGUGGUUAAUAUGUCGCUGUUUGUAAAAAGUUUUUGAUGGAAAUGUAAUGGGAAAAAC